CCCAUUUUAAUAUUUGUUUCGUCACUUUGGCUUGCGAAUCUAAUUGUAAUUUGACAUUUUCUUGAUAAAAUGCUCUACAAGAGAAAGGACCGAAAUGUUAACAAAGGGUCCCAAAUGGGACUGAAAUGUACUGAACUCAAAUCUCCAAGAGUGACGUCAUCUAACGGUUGUCAACCCGCGGGUCGACCCACUUUGACCCUGACCUGAUGAGAAAAAUGGGUCAUACGCACUCGCCGGGCCGACCGCUACAAGGUAUCGGGUUGGAGGUCAAAUUGUAUCAUUUUUUUCUUUGGUUUGCGAAAUGCGCCUAUUUUCCGAUUUUCUUUUCGCCUAACUCAAUCUUUGGAAUCCUAAGUUGAACAUUUGAAUAUUUAUGUUAUAUAAGUGUGUGUGAAUUUUCACUAUAUGUUGGAUCUAAGUACGAUAUGUUAUUUUGGUGUAAUAUUAUAUGUUAUUAUAAGUCAUAUGUUAGAUUUGAUUUGAUAUAAUUAUGAGGAUAAGUACAAUAUAAUGACUUUUUCUAUAUUUUCGGGCCAAACCGGCUAAAACGGUUGACCCAUUAACCCUUGAUCCACUAUCUCGAACGGGUCGGGUCAACCCGCGGGUUAGACAACACAACCUUGAACGGUAGGGAGGGACGGGUUGCAUAUACCAGGGAUCUACUCCGUGCUCCAUAGGAUUCCUUCGACUCCCCACCAAAAAUUCUCGAAUUUCAAGAAAUCUACUUUCUUUCUUUCUUAACAGCUUUAUAGCCGUUUCGUUCAGAGAGCGAGGGAGGGAAAAAGUCAAAAAACAGAAAACCCAAACAAGGGUAAAGCUUUAUAGCCGUUGCACUCCAAAUCCACUGCCAAUCCUCAGUCCUUUCUCUCUCUAAGGAAAUUGGGGAAAAUCCUCGGCUUGCGUCCAAAUCUUUCAUCUGAAGCUCCGCAAGAAGCUCCGUCAAAAUGAAGGGAAUGAAAGGGAAACUCGUGAAGAAGCUCAAAUCCAUCAAACCAGUUGUGUACCUCAAGCAGCCUGGCCGCAUUCUUCAGCCGAUUUCAGGGGACGAGUUCCGAUCAGUUUCGGAGAAUCAGUGGGUCGAACCUCCGAAUCAGACUCUGCCCACAAUAAAGGAGGGCGGGAUCGGACUUGGAGAGCCAGAUAUUGAUAAAGAUGGGAUGGAGCUUGAUGAUUCGGGUGAUGAUGAUUUCGUUGAAGAUAAGGAGAACUUCGGGCGGCCGCCCGUGAAGGCUCUGUUUCCGGGCGGCGAAUUGGAAGAGACUUCUGGUGGCAGUGGCAACGACGACGACGGGGAGAUUAUUGGCGAAAAUGAAGAAACUUCGGGCUCAUUCAAGCUGAUGCCGUUGUCGGAGAUUGACAUCUCGUCUUUCCGUCCACCGGACUUGAAUUCCAGUACGCUCUUCGAUCCAAACCUUCUGGCUGCGUUCAAGAUGGCAGUGAAGGAGUUUAUGCAGCGGAUUGAGGAAGAAAGAAGAGUGAGAAUUGCGAGCAGAGAAGACUGCGUAACAGAGCAAGCAAGUAGUCUGAAACAGAGCAUCAAAGAAACAGAGCAGGGAGAAAGUGAAUCAGAGCCUCCUCUAAAAUUCUGCCGAAUUGAGGAAGAAAUUGAAGAAGAAGGCGGAAACCCGUUACUGAACUUCGAAGAGAGAUGCCCGCCGGGGGGAAUAGACAGAGUGAUUUUCUACUCGACGACAUUGAGAGGGAUAAGGAAGACAUUCGAGGACUGCAAUGGCGUCCGGUUUCUCUUACAGAGCCUUCGAGUUCGCUACCACGAGAGGGAUGUGUCGAUGCACAAGGAGUACAGGGAAGAGCUCUGGGAAGUCCUGGAAGGUAAAGUGAUGCCGCCCCGACUUUUCGUCAAGGGAAGGUACAUUGGUGGAGCUGAAGAAGUUUUGGGUUUGAACGAGCAAGGGAAGUUCAGGGUGCUCUUUGAAGGGCUUCCACCAGUUGAUAGCUCAACUGAGCCUUGUGAAGCUUGCAAUGGAGUUUGUUUCGUGCUCUGUUUCAAUUGCAGUGGUAGCCAUCGAAUCACUACCCCUGAUGGGUUGUGGAGUGAAUGCCUCUAUUGCAAUGAGAAUGGCCUCAUAAUCUGUCGUCAUUGUUGCUGUUGAUUAUGAUAUGUGGCAUUUGUUGUGUUUCAUUUCUUCAGGCAUUUGGGAUGUAUGAUUGAUUAUACUCUUUGUUCUCUUCUUCUCCUUCUUCUUCUUUCCAUUAUGAAGAAAGAUGGAAUCUUUGGGGAAAGAAGUACAACGUUUGUAGAUUGGAAUUGGUUCUUUUUUUGUUCUACCAACAUAUUUAUUCUGUAAAACUCAAUUUUACAAUGAACGACACAUUCUUCAGCUAUCUUUCCAGCGGUUUCUUGUUGCCCUUUUCUGGACAGUUCGCCAAUGAAUCCCAUUCACAAGCAUUCAUGAUAUGAAGAGAAGUUUUAGUUUCCUUGACACUUGUUUGUACCAUCUAACUCGAGUUAUGAACAAUAAUCAUUUGUUGGAGUGAGGUUGACUCACGAUCUGUUCGUCUGAUCUCGUCGAGAGGGAGAAAACCUGUUGAAAGUGGGGGAUGCCCCCGAAUUAAGUUCCGACAAUCAAGUCAGUAUAUUGUAUAGAAUGAGUUGAGAGAAUAAUGUAGAGAGAUAAAGUGUAGGGAGAUAGUGAAAAGUGAGGAGAGAGAAGAAGCCCCUCUCAAUAAAGAGUUUCAUGCUUUUAUAUAUUCGUAGCGGCGUUCGAGCGGAGCACGUUACCGAUUAAGCGCGCCCUUACUUAGUCCGCGCGUGGAGUCUUUAGUAACACCCCCAACAAGACUAAACUGUGCUUAUUAUAUCAUAAUUAUAUACGAAAAGGCCACCAAAUCGGUGACCAGGAAUCCAGUACAGGAGAUGAAAUGUAAAGGCAACCUGCAUCACAUGGCUGCAUAAAAAGAAAACAUCCCAAAACUAUUACCAAAAAGCCAGCAGGAUGCUGAGAACAUAGAGCAGCGAAUCGCAGCUACAAUGACACUGAGUCAGUGACUCAUCCAUUGUGUUCUCCAGUAUACAAAAUUCUAUCAGUACUCCUGAAACUAGACUAAUCAAAACUCCGAAAAGAAUCAGACUAAUCAAAACCAAAGCUUGUGCUGAAAUGCUGCUGCUGCUGCUGCCACUGGAAAACUCUCUAGAUAGGCCUCCACAGUCUCCUACACCUUUCUCGCCAUAAAUCAACAACUAAAGCAGACCAGACUUCCCAAAUUGCUGCCAGGCGGAAAAAAACCGAAACUCCAUGAUAGCACUCUCCAGGCACACAACCCAGCUAGGCCCUGACAUAUACUGUGACGAGGGAAGAAUCAAUCCUCCAAUAUAUUAUUGCCUGCAAGAUUAGGUUAAUAUGGACGUUAGACGAAGAGUUCAAUCCAUUCGGUAAAUAAAACAGAAGAAGAAUCAAACUGCAAGUGGCUAUUGAGCAAAUAGCCAAGUUGCAUAUAAUUGCACCAUAGGACUUUAAUGAAUUCAACACAGUUAUAAUAUGAAGCAGCAGGGCCUCAAUCAAGAACACUCCAAAAAGGUCAUGAUUCAUUCAAAUCCCUGUUUAGGUUAUCCUUUCUGUCAAGCCGAGCAAGGUAAUGUGGGUGAUGCUCCUCAUGCUCUUCAUAAGCUGGCUGCAUUCUCGAAUAAAACAUCAGUUUCUUUUGUGACAGAUAACCGAUAAAUAAGCAUGGAUCUAUUCCAAUGAUUUCCACCAGAGAAAGUACCAUUCAUUUCUAACCGCCUCAAAGUAUGGGGUCUCGCAGUUAGCUUUUACCAGUCGAGGCUGCCUUGCACGUGGCUCAUGGAACCGCAUUAGCAAGAUGCACAAACACGAAACCCCAAAGGUGACUCCUGAAUUUCCAGAGGAGAAAUGGGUCGCUCAAUUGAAAACUCAAAAUGGUUAAAUUACCAGCAAAACUUCGACCCUGAACCUUGGAAAAGAACCUCAAACUCUACCGCUCCCCCGCUUCUGCCUCAAACACAGAAGACCAUUACCUCAUAUAAUCUAGACAAACAUAGUUAUCUCAACCAUUAAGUUGUAUAAGAGGCUUGACGAGCUGUCAAGCCAUUAUCACUUAGCAUUUAGUAAAAUGGAAAUCAAAUAAAGCACACCUACCACAAACCAAUCAUGCCGAGUUCAGCACCGGUGUCGAACUCGAGUAGGUUGCACAAGCUAUCAUUGGAAAUGAACAUUGGCAGAUCAAUCAACUCUGAUGUUCCACAGCUUGUAAGGAAUCCAAGUUGAAGAUCUCCCCAAAAGUCAUUUUCAGGCUGACAAACAUCCACAUCGGAAGCUAAAGCUACUGGAAUCAAUGAUGAAGAGGAUGCCGUGGAUUGUUGAUUGAACUUUGAAGUGAAGACAUGGUCUCCACUUCAGCAUCCUUCGUUGUUAUAUCAAGAAUAUGACAAGGGUCUCCAGAUGAAGAUGAUGAGACACCAGCACCUUCCAUGACAGUCAAGAAAGCCCCCUCUUCACCAAUCCUGAGCCUUUUACUUUCCUUAUUUACAGUCUCACACAACGCCCUUACAAUUUACAUGAUGUUUCCUCCGCCACACUGGAUGGAUCGCAGUAAGGGGAAACAUCGGUAAUCCCGGAGAGAGUGGGAACUGAAGAAUCUAGGGUUUCCGGAAACCCUAAUUUCCCGAACAACAAGUGGAAAGGACGAGAUCGAUGAAUUUCAAAUCGGAGAACGCGUCGGAACUAGGGCUUGGCUGAAGUAACGAGAGAAUCGAGAAAGCCCUUACGGUGUAACGGUCUCGAAGUGUUGAUUCGGAACUCCUAGCGAUGAAUGCAAAUAACCCUUCGACCGGCGAAGUCGAUCGGAGAUGGAGAGGACGAUUGAAAAACCAAGAGAGCCGUUAGCGCGCGUUCGCUCGUCGCGGGAACUUGCGGCCUUUCUCACUUUGGACUUAGCGAAGCUGUUGAGGAAAGCACAUGAAUGGAAGACUGUGUUGGGCUGUUUGAGAAUUGAGAGCAUAUGGAUAGGCCCGGAGACUUGACGGCUGAAGCAAACUGCAGCAGCCCAGGAAGCUUCCUCGAGGCCCAAUAAUAGAGAAAUGAUGACCAAAGCCCAAUGUUCAUCCCAAAGUAAACUAAAAGUGAAAUAAAUGUGACUGGAGCCU